AUGACGAGCAAUUCUGUGUCUCCUCUCAAAUCUCCAAACCGAGCUUACAAAAGUUCAUCUAAUAAUGCUCCAAAAAGGCGCAAUCAUCCAUUCAUCGUUUCAUGCUUAUUUGAUGUUUUUGAGAAUGUUGGACCCAAAGUGGCGGGUAUGUACGGAUUGCGUCAUUCGCACACCACAAUUGUCACCCGUAAUGACGCCAGCGAAUCAGUCGAAUGGGUCAUAACGUGUGUAGCUUAUGGAGGAACAGAUAUUAUUUUAGAUGUAGAUGGUGUAUAUUACCUCAAGAGAAGACUAUUAGCAUUAAACAACAAAGAUAUUCAAAAAUUUUACUACGAGCCUGACUUUCAAUUACUCGCAAAUACAUCUAAAAACUUGGAGUGCAACCUUGCUAAUGGGGUAAGUGUUACUGGACUCGGUUUCAUUUCCACACGGACUUCAGUACCCAUUGAGCCUGGAAAAGAGAAUGUGUUUUUAAUUGUUAAGCACUCUGAUUAUAAUCCUGAUGUUGGUCUUCAAGUUACUUUUGAAGUUGAAUACCGCGCCAUGUGGUCCAAGUUGAUGGAGAAGUUGCAGCCGUUAAUGACUGUGGGACGUGAGAUGAUGUUCACCGGACAUAUUGUAGGCCGCAACGAAGAGAAACAAAUGUGGAUAGUGCAGUUGACUGGCGUGAGUGUAACCUCAGGUUCGGAAACUGUUGUUUCAUCGACCCCUGUCAAAGGGAGCUCUUCACGAUCGACGCCUCGAGGCCGGGCGCGUGCUAAGAUGAUAUUCCCAGAGAGUGAAUCAUCUCAGCCCCUCGCUUCUUCUUCCUCAAUUGCGCCUAGCACCACUGUCCCUGAAGAUGAGUCAAUUAUUGGAAAAGGAAAAGGAAAGGCCACUUCAAAGCCCCCUUCAGCACGUAGCCCUGUUAAGAGAGUUAGGGGCAACAGUUCUGAUCAAGAUGUGUGA